AUGCACAGUCAAGAUGAGCAACAGUACGUCCUAGAUGUAGAUGUUGAGAAUUCGUCGCACUCUUUCCAUUUCUUCAAUCCAACACCAAACAACCAAGCGUUCUGUCGAAAGAUCGAUACUUCGAUCUCAGUCGCAAAUAUGGUUAUGCCACCAACCUCUAACCACUACCAAACCCUCGGUGUUGCGGGUGAUUCCACUGAGACUGAGAUUCUCUCGGCAUUCCGAAAAUUACAGAGAAAGUACCACCCAGAUCGCCAACCUGCCAACACUGAUUUAGGCGCGUCCAACCUUUAUUCCUCACAUUUAAACCAUGCCAAGGAUGAGCUGUUGUCUGAGACGCAACGACCAAGACUCGACGCGCUGUUGAAAGCAAACAAACAGCUUCCACACUUCAGCGAACCUCAUGGGAUCCCUAUGACGACGCCUUUUAUCAAACCAAAGUCCUGGAAUCCGGCACCGAAACCAAAACCCACACCGAAGAAAGAUAAUGCGAGUGCUGGCUCCAGUACCCAAUCCCCGAAUAAUGGCAACCAUAGCUACAAACACUCCAGAAAGACUUCCUAUUCGGACUACAAGCAAGGCAACGAGACCAGUGACGAAGGGACUCCAAGUAAAAAGCAGAAGACUAAGUGGGACGAAUGGCGAAGUAAGUUUGGCCAGGAGGACUGGCGACGUAAGUUUGAUCAGGAGGAUUUCGUUGAGGUAUCAGACGAUGACGAAGAUGUGGAUUAUCAGGCUCAAGAUAGUGAAGAGGAAGACUCAGACUAUCAAGACCAAGAGAUGGACGACUGA